ACCAUCCAAGCCUUUCCAGAAAGUGAAACGUUAAAACCGGUAACAUGCAAAACCAACUCAUCAUCAUCCAUUUCACCUGCAUCAAACACCCCAUAUAAUCAUCCUUACUUGGUACCAUGUCAACACCCAUAACCUAAAACCUGUCUCCACUCUCCUCCGUCUCUCUUUCUCUCUCUCUCUCUCUCUCAGAGCGAACCAGACACAGAGACCGACAUUAGUAUCGAAGGAAUUUAAACGUUGAUUUCAUGGAUCCGUGUCCCUUUGUUCGGGUCAUGGUCGACUCUUUAGCCCUGAAGCUUCCACACGCCACCAAGCCGGCAGGUUCCGGAGUUCACUCCUCCACCACUCCCUGUUUCUGCGAGCUGAGGAUCAAGAACUUUCCUCCCCAAACUGCCCUUCUCAGUCUCUCCAGCUCUACUAACGACUCCCCUCCCGACUCGUUUACCUCAGCGCAUGGGUUCAACCUGGACCCGACUGCGCUGAGGCGGUUGUCGGGAAAGCCCAUCACGCUUCGUGUGUCUGUGUACACGGGGCGGAUGGGCAGGACAUGUGGAGUCACCAGCGGGAAGUUGCUGGGCCGGGUCAACCUCAGCAUUGAUCUCGACGCUGCCAAGUCCAGCCCGCGAGUGAUCCACAACGGGUGGAUGAAGCUCGGGAGUCAUAGCGACAAGCCCUCCUCCGCCAGGCUGCACAUGACGGUCCGGGCUGAACCGGAUCCCCGGUUUGUUUUUCAGUUCGGUGGCGAACCGGAGUGUAGUCCGGUGGUUUUUCAGAUUCAGGGGCGGGAUAUACGCCAGCCUGUUUUUAGCUGCAAGUUCAGUGCCGACCGUAAUUCCAGAUUCCGAUCUCUGCCACCAGAUUUCACCAGCAAGAAUAAUAGAGGAUGGAGGAGAACCUUUUCAGGUGAAAGAGAAAGGCCUGGAAGGGAAAGAAAGGGUUGGAUGAUAACAAUUCAUGAUCUAUCCGGCUCACCAGUGGCGGCUGCCUCCAUGAUCACACCCUUUGUACCGUCCCCGGGGUCCGACCGGGUCUCUAGGUCAAACCCGGGUGCUUGGCUAAUCCUCAGACCACAUGGCUUUUCUGUGAACAACUGGAAGCCAUGGGGUCGUCUGGAGGCCUGGCGCGAGAGAGGCCCUGUCGAUGGCUUGGGCUACAAGUUUGAGCUUGUCACUGACAAUGGCCCUAGUAGCAGCAUUACCAUUGCCGAAGCUACAUUGAGUGUCAAAAGGGGCGGAGAGUUUUGCAUCGACAGUCGACUAUUGAGAGACUCGGGUUUGAAUUACUCCAGGUCUCCGGUUAAGGGGUUUGUGAUGGGAUCGAGCGUCGAGGGGGAAGGAAAGGUGAGCAAGCCUAUGGUGCAAGUAGGAGUGCAACAUGUAACAUGUAUGGCUGAUGCUGCUCUAUUUGUAGCACUUUCUGCCGCCAUUGAUCUUAGCAUGGAUGCUUGCCAACUCUUCUCACAUAAACUUAGGAAGGAGCUUUGCCAUGAUGAACAGAAUUUCUUGUCCUAGAAACUGGUUCAAACGUACCCUUGGAUUAAUUUUAUUGCUAAUAUGUAUUCUAUCUGCUGCUGUGACAACCAAUUAGUUUUUGCUAAUUUGAGGCAUUGUUGGUUUGAGCAGAAAAUAUGUAUAUCUUUCUCCACAUUCUUUCAUCCUGAAUUUUUUUUUCCCCAAAUCUUGAAGAUUUUCUCUGUUAUUGGAUGUA